AUGUCUUCACCUGGCUUCCCCGGCGGCUUCGGAGCCUCCGAUCUCUACGGCAGAGCCGGUAACCCUUCCGGCAGAUCUACCCUAAUUCCAUCCAACCUGAACAAUAUGAACCACAAUACCAAUAAUUUCCCAACUGCAGCCACCACCACUGCAACCAAUAAUUUUCAAAACCCUUUCUUCCGAACCCAACAACAACUACCAUCUAAUCCCACCACCACUACAACCCAGAAUUAUCAAAAUCAUUUCUUCAGAACCCAACAACAACAACUACCAUCCACUUUCAUCGGGUCUUCUUCUCAAAACGCUCAGAACCGGUCAUCCAAUCUUAUAAGAAAUUACCUUGACCCUUCUUCCCAAAUCGCACAACGUCAUACAUCUAACCUCCUCGGAAAACGCACUCUUGCAGAAUUCCAAACCCACAACAACAAUAUCCUUAGCAACAACAGCCUUAGUAGACACAAUACUGCUAACGCUCAGGCUGGAUUCCAAUCCAACUUCAUCGACGACGACGACCUUAGCAACAACACAGGUAGUAUACACAAUCCUGUUAACCAAUAUUUGUCCAACCUUGUACUUCGUUCUGUAAAACCUAGAAAUUUCCAAUAUGGUUCUCCGCAUUCACCUCUUUCUACUAUGGAUUUCUCAAAUCCGUCCACCAAUUUGGUCAACAAUUCUUCUGGUUCUACCUCUGCUAUAGCCAGGCUUCUUAGCUACAACCCAGCCUCUGAAAACUCAACACCGGUGAAUAACUCCAUCCUCCAAAAUAACAAUUUUCAAAAUCAGAAUUCCAAUUCCGCAGAGGUUCAGACAACUGAUACCGAUCCAAAUACGAAAACCAUAGAUCAUUGCUUAUUGGAGUUGGAGAAACAUCUUCUUGAAGACAAUGACGAAGAAGAACAAGAAGCAAAUCCUGGGAUCACAAACAAUGAAUGGUGUGAUCUUAAUAAUUUGAUUAAUCCGAUAAUAAUUUCAUCGCCCAGUUCAUCCAACACUUCGCAUAAUUCAUCUUCUUCCUGGGCUGUUUCAACUGCUGCUGGCUCUUCCAAGCAAUCGUUAAUGGAAGCUGCUACCGCGAUUUCCGAAGGUAGAAUCGAUCAUGCAUCGGAGAUCCUUAAUCGUUUGGCUCAAACACUGAAUCCAUCAGUGAAUUUUGAGAGUAGAUUAACAGGCUUUAUGAUCUCAGCGCUGAAAUCGCGCGUGAAUCAUUUUGAAAGUCCACCUCCGGUAGCGGAACUGUUUAGUAAGGAACAUGCUGAGUCAACUCAGCUUCUGUUCGAUAAUUCUCUCUGCUUUAAGGUCGCUUUCAUGGCUGCCAACCUUGCAAUCAUCGAAGCUACAUUUGAUGAAACGACAGAGAGCGCUGACAGAAACAACAAUAUGAAGAAUCUCUGUGUGGUGGAUUUUGAUAUUGGUGACGGGAAAAGAUACGUGAACCUUCUCUAUGAGCUACACAAGCGCCACAAAGGUUCACCGGCGACGUUGAAAAUCACAGCUGUAGUCGAUAACAGCAAGGAUGAGAAGUUGAAGAUGGUGGAAGAAAAUUUGAGUCGAGAAGCUGAGCAAUUGGGAAUCGGGUUUGAAUUCAAAGUCUCAGCACUGAAAAUCACUGAGUUAACUCGCGAGGCUUUGGGUUGUAACUCAGAGGAUAUUCUUGCUGUCAAUUUCGCUUUCAAACUUUUCAGAAUUCCAGACGAAAGCGUGUCAACCGAGAAUCCACGCGACGAGCUUCUCAGGCGCGUGAAUGCACUUGCCCCACGUGUAGUAACUCUUCUGGAGCAAGAGAUUAACACAAACACAGCUCCUUUUGUCGCACGUGUGGGUGAGUCGUUUUCCUAUUACAGUGCCUUGCUUGACUCAAUUGAGUCCACAACGGAGCGAGACAAGAUCGAGGAGGGGCUGAGUCGGAAACUGGGUAACGUAGUUGCUUGUGAAGGUAGGGAUCGCGUGGAGCGCUGUGAAGUGUUUGGGAAGUGGCGUGCACGCUUGAGUAUGGCUGGGUUUAGAUUGAACUCGGUGAGUCAGAAAGUUGCUGAGUCGGUAAAAGCUCGACUCGAACCAGGUAGCGGAGUUAUAGUGAAUGAAGAAAACGGUGGGGUUAGCUUUGGGUGGAUGGGAAAAACACUAACCGUCGCAUCUGCUUGGAGUUAA